UUAAUCUGCAUUGCCCCCUUUCCCAGGGAUUAAUUACACAGAUGUUCCACAUAUACAUACACCAUAUCACAACACAACAUGGCCUGAUGCAGACAAGCCCACUAUUGUGACAGCCAAACAGAACUCAACAAAACAAUCCAAUCCUCUGUUCCGAGUAGUUACUAGUGAGCCCACACAGCUCUUCCUCUUGUGUGCCUUGUUCGCCUUGCUCAGUUGAAUUGGAGCACUCUGUGCCACCUCUUUUCUCUGCAUUAUCCUCUGAGGACCCACCAGAGCUCUGAGCUGAAACUUAAGAAGAUGAAGUCUCAGAGAAGACAUGCUAUAUAAUGUACGGUAAUUCACAGUAUCUUCCUUUGGUACAUGUGAUGGAGAACCAUGUAGAAUGGAGGUCAAGUAGGGAAAUGGAGUUCACCAGGCUAAGCACUUCAACUGGAAAUAACAAUGCAGAUGGAGAGUGGCAUCUGGUGACAGCCCCUCGUGCAGUGCUUCAGUGUGAAAGAGCAAUGAAAAGAGAGGGUCAGCAGGAUCAGCUGGAGAGGGAGUUCUACAACAGCCUGCCAAGAGCACAUUUUAUGCGUCCUGGCUAUUUUCGCACCGCAACAGAGCCAAGUGCAUUCUCCCCCUACAGACAUGAUCUCCGCUUCCAGGGCAAAGGGCUGCAGGAUCAGAGCCCUAGAGACAGUGGGAGUUAUGCGUGUAUCCCCCCAUCCUCAAAACCACACCCACUGGCACAGCCUGGCUUUUACAGUCCCAAGAUUCCUCGCUCUAAACAUUGUGAGCCUGCUUUGUCCACAACGAAGACUUUAAAAGGGUGUUCCCCAAAUAAAAACAUGAAGGAAUUUUAUUCUCACUCUCUGCCUCUGCCCCACUCCAAGACAGCUGUUCUCAAACAAAGUGGACUGUGCAGCAAACCACAAGGAAUCAAGACUUCAGUGGUGGAAAAGCCUCGUUUGAUGAGGGCGGUCAUUUCACAAAUAUCUCCAGAUUCAAACCAACUGGUCCAGCAGCAGUACAACAAACAGUUUCAGCAUAUCAAGAAAGAGGAUAUCCAGAACAAAUGCUUCUCCAGCCAGCAUCAGUCAUCACUAAACCUACUCAGUACUGAAGCUUCCAGGAAAGAUGAAUUUAUCUGGAAUCAUGGUCAACCACAGUCCAACCAACUGCAGAGCACACGACACCAAAGUUCCUUCAGACUGCCGAAAUGUGCCCAGGAUUCACGUGAGAUCAACACCAGCUAUAUGCUUCCACAGACCCAAUCAGUGGACCAGACUGACAUGCAUCUGAAUUUACAGUCUUCAUGUUUCUGUAAGUUAAGACUGUAUAAUGGCAACUGCAUUCAUAACACUCAGGAUAGUGUCGACUAUUGUUUGCACAGCAACAUGCCACAGCCCAUUAAUGACCUAAAGGACCCAAGGAAGAAGAAGCAUGACUCCAAAGACAGAAAAGACGGCAAUGAUGUCGGAAACAAUGUUUCUAGCAAUAUAAGCCAUGUGGACAUGAACUCAAGAAACGUGUUUGGUCAGCCCCGUGUGAUUGCCACACUUCGCGCAUCAUGCUCCCCACGACUGGCUCGGAAAAGCACUAUAGUGGAGGACCUGAAAAAACUCAUUGUGAUGGAUGACAUAACUGACAACUCUCACUGUGGCUCGCCCUGUCUUCAGCAAACACGAACAAACAGCAGCCUUACUGAGUACAUACAGGAUUCAGCAUCAUCAAGCCCUCUCCUCAGCAGGCAUGUUGUCUCCAGGCCCAGCCACCUCUCUCUGCAGUCUAGUCCCACAGUGUGUCAGCCGAUGUCUGCUAAGUCUGCAGAAUGGGACAGAGACCUUCAGUUUGACCAUGGACUUCUGCCUCUGCCAAAUACAGAUCAUGACCUUGAUUGGAACAGCUUGGUCAAUGCUGCCGAGGCUUAUGAGAUGCAGAGGAUGGAAGGUUUCCUGUCUGCUGAACCCCACAACAUGCUCUCAGGCACGAGUCCUGUAUCGCACAGUCCAGCUUACAGUGGCCAAAACGUUCCUCAUGUUAGUCCCUCUGUUAGUGGAGACACAGAUAAUGAUGUUUUCAUUGACCUUCCUGACCAAAUCUCCCACCUAGAAGCAGUGCUGAGAAGACUGAGCAGAGAUCUUUUGAAGGAGAAGAAGGACAAGGUGGCUCUGCUGGCUGAGGUGCUGAAACUUCGCAUGAGCAACCAGCACCUGAAAGAAGAGUCCUGGUCUGCUAAUGCACAGCUACACAAAAUCUGCCAAAUAUUUAACAUAAGUAUGUAUGGAGUAGGAGAGGAAAGAAAAUAGAAGGAUAUGUGAAAUA